CCCCUUUUCUGGCACAGCCUGCCUCCGACACCAGCAUAGCUUUCUGCCUCUGCCCACUCCUGGCCGGCUCCUCAAGACCAAAGCUACCAGCCAGCAGCAUGGCUAUGAAAUGUGGAAAUUGUGGACCUGGCUACCCUACCCCUCUGGAGGCCAUGAAAGGACCCAGGGAGGAGAUUGUCUACCUGCCCUGUAUUUACCGAAACACGGGCACUGAGGCCCCGGAUUAUCUAGCCACUGUGGACGUCAACCCCAAGUCUCCCCAGUAUAGCCAGGUCAUCCACCGGCUGCCCAUGCCCAACCUGAAGGAUGAGCUGCAUCACUCGGGAUGGAACACCUGCAGCAGCUGCUUCGGGGACAACACCAAGUCUCGCAACAAGCUGGUGCUGCCCAGCUUCAUCUCCUCCCGCAUCUAUGUGGUGGAUGUGGGCACUGAGCCCCGCGCCCCGAAGCUGCACAAGGUUAUUGAACCCAAGGACAUCCAUGAAAAGUGUGGCCUGGGUAAUCCCCAUACCAGCCACUGCCUGUCCACUGGGGAGGUGAUGAUCAGCACUCUGGGAGACCGCAAGGGCAAUGCCAAAGGGGGUUUCCUGCUGCUGGAUGCAGAGACAUUUGAUGUGAAGGGGACGUGGGAGCGGCCUGGGGGUGCUGCGCCUAUGGGCUACGACUUCUGGUACCAGCCUCGACACAAUGUCAUGAUCAGCACCGAAUGGGCAGCUCCCAAUGUCAUACAAGACGGCUUCAACCCAGCUGAUGUAGAGGCAGGGCUGUAUGGGAGCCACUUACACGUGUGGGAUUGGCAGCGCCAUGAGAUCGUGCAGACCCUGCCUCUACAGGACGGGCUCAUCCCCCUGGAGAUCCGCUUCCUGCACAACCCGGCCGCUUCCCAGGGCUUCGUGGGCUGUGCCCUCAGCUCCACCAUCCAGCGCUUCUACAAGAAUGAGGGAGGUACUUGGUCGGUGGAGAAGGUGAUCCAGGUGCCCCCCAAGAAAGUGAAGGGCUGGAUGCUGCCUGAAAUGCCAGGCCUGAUCACUGACAUCCUGCUGUCCCUGGAUGACCGCUUCCUCUACUUCAGCAACUGGCUGCACGGGGACCUGCGGCAGUAUGACAUCUCUGACCCACAGAGGCCCCGCCUCACGGGACAGAUCUUCCUCGGAGGCAGCAUUGUUAACGGAGGCCCCGUGCAGGUGCUGGAGGACCAGGAGCUAAAAUCCCAGCCAGAGCCCCUGGUGGUCAAGGGGAAACACGUGCCUGGAGGGCCUCAGAUGAUCCAGCUUAGCCUAGACGGGAAGCGUCUCUAUGUCACCACGUCACUCUACAGUGCCUGGGACAAGCAGUUUUACCCGGAUCUCAUCAGAGAAGGCUCCGUGAUGCUGCAGAUCGAUGUAGACACAGAAAAGGGAGGGCUGAAGUUGAACCCCAACUUCCUGGUGGACUUUGGGAAGGAGCCCCUCGGCCCAGCCCUGGCCCAUGAGCUCCGCUACCCUGGGGGCGACUGCACCUCUGACAUCUGGCUCUGAAGUCCACCCCUCAUAGCCCACUCCACAUUCUGAGCCCUCACUUCCACAGGGACCAGGCUUCACCCUUCUCUCUCGUGCUCUCUAACCCUUGGCAGCUAGUCCUACCAAAGCCAAACUGAGGCUGUUGAAACAUAUUGAGCAUUGUCUCCAUAAACCAACCACUGUUGCACAUUUCUCACUGUGCUCUUUUUACAUGAGCUCUUGGAAAUUAAUUCACCAAGAAAUAAAUUGGUGAGCCUAUUCCUCAGA